AUGGGCUCUUCCGAUCAAGAGGUGUACGUGACAGUAUCCGCCCUCGAGGGCGGACAGCUCACUCUACCAGAACGUCUGUUCGUUACCGAUGCGGACCCAGAAAAGAAAGCCACAGUUCCUUCUCUGUCGUUUUUGAUCCAGCAUCCCUCGCCUGAUGGGAAAGUCACCAAGUUCGUCUUCGAUCUGGGUCUCAAGCGUGAUCUGACAAAAUAUCCGCCUGCGCAACAAGCUCAUAUUUCCAACCGUCAACCAACCAUCCUCCAUCCAGAUUGCGCGGAUAGUCUACGAGCUGGGGGACUUGAUCCCGCAAGAGAUAUUGACAUAGUCAUGUUGUCUCACGUACACUGGGACCAUGAAGGCACUCCGGAUGAUUUCCCCAACUCUCAGUUCGUUGUCGGGUCCGGGACACUUCACCUGCUGCAGAACGGAGCGCCGCCUCACUACCCCAAAGACAUCUUCAAUCCAGAUCUCCUACCCAAAGAUCGCACGGCCGAACUGCCACCGACAACGAAGGAAAGCACCACAGCUGCCAAGUCGCAGACCACACAUACGUGGAAACCCUUUGCGGGAUUCCCCAAUACGGUUGAUUUCUUUGGCGACGGCAGCUUGUACAUUGUCGAUUCCCCGGGACACUUGUUCGGCCACGUCAACGUCCUCGCACGUCUCAGUCAGACCAAGUGGGUGUACUUGGGCGGGGACUGUUGCCAUGACCCGAGAAUCCUUACGGGCGAAAGGGAUAUUGCGUUAUACGAUGACGGACAUGGCGGGUUGAGGUCUGUGCAUGUGGACACGGAGCAGGCGAAAGACACUCUGGCAAAGAUUGGACCGUUGCUGAAGAAGCCUUGUCCUGUAUUUGCUGCGGGAGAGGGCGGGGAGCAAGUGGAAGUGGAAGUGAUUGUUGCCCACGACAAGGGAUGGAGGGAGUCGAAUAAGAGCAGGUUCUUCCCGGGGACGCUGUAA